AUGUCCCUGCAGGACGUUGCUCCGCCUUAUUCCCCUGCUAACCAGCAAGUGCUUACUUACAUCGAAGCCACAUUCAACCAGAUCAUCCAAGACAUCCAGAGCGAUGAAUGUCAGAAAGUAGCCAUCGUGUUGAGACGCAUCACCAGCAUCACUCCGUAUCAUGAUCACGAAGACUCCAUGCGACUCAAAUGGCACAUCCAAGACACAGAAGUGGUCUACAAUUUCCCAGGCAAGAAUAAAGACGAGGCGUGGAGAUUCGCAUGCUUGGCUCGAAUCCUGAGCGAGAUUCAUACAGCUAUCAACCAGGGUGUUGUUGUCACAAAGAGGGACAUCUUCUAUCACGACCCAGCGCUCUUCAAGCAACAGGCCACGGUCGAUCGCUAUGUCGAUGAUAUUGCACAUACUUGUGGUGUCACGAGACGUGAUCUGAACGUUACUGCAAGUCCAAAAGGCCUUGUUGCUGGGUUGCGGCCAAGCAACGCUCCAGAUGAAAUCGCAAUCAUCCACGACGGCUGUGACCUCAUUGCAUCUGACGAUUUGGAAACCAUCAACUGGGUUCUUGUCAUUGAAAAGGAGGCCAAAGGGUAUCCCGAUCUGACAACACGUCGGUUCUUGCGGGCCUUGGUAGAUCAUUGUCAACCCCAUGCAAAAGUCUUCGGAUUGUUCGAUAAUGACCCCGACGGCAUAAGAAUCUUGAAAUGUUAUCUAUACGGGUCCAAAGCCAUGGCGCAGGAACAGGCUUGCAUUCUCCCCGAAUUGGAAUGGAUUGGACUCAAGUCGGAAGACCUUGUGACGAUACCCGAGGCCGAGAACUUGUGUCUACCAAUGUCGACACGGGACAGGACGGUCGCGGUUUCCAUGUUGAACAGCGAGGAGUGGAGAGAUGAAGACGGGCGUUCUUUGCCAAUGCUAAGCGGCUGCCAUCUUGAGCUUCAGAGAAUGCUUUGGCUGAAUCGCAAGGCUGAAAUACAGAUAGUGGAUGAAAUGGUGGGUGGCUUGUACGGUUGGUUGACCCGAACGCUUUCAGUCCGCUUGGAAGAUGUCCAAAUACGACCUGAGUAUGUGGAGUCUUUCUAA